AUUUAAUCCAGUAUUUGUUUUAUUUAAUUAAUUUCAGGAGAGAGAAAAGAAUGACACAGAUUGAUCUAUCCAUGACCAUCCCUCAAUUAGCGUCGUCAAAUUGAAAGAUUAAGGAAGACCCUGUUUUAUUACCCCAGAUCCCCAGAAAAAGACUUCCCCCUCAUUCAUUGAAUUUCUCAAAUUAAUCCACCCCAUUUCGAGAAGAGAGAAAAUCAAACAAAACCCAGAAAUCUUUUGUUCUUUUAGGUUCAUUUUACACCCUUUUGAGGAGAGAGAACGUCACGGAGAGAUGUCGGAAAAUAAGCAAGGAGGGGGUUCACCGGGAGCGCCGGUAAGAAAGCUAAUAAGUACAUCGGCGACGAAAGCUACAUCGUCGGUGUUACCCUAUCAAACCCCAAGAUUAAGGGACCAUUAUUUGAUCGGGAAGAAAUUGGGUCAAGGUCAAUUUGGGACGACUUAUUCAUGUACAGAGAAAUCAAGCGGAAAUCUUUACGCUUGUAAAUCAAUCCCAAAAAGGAAACUUUUAUGUAAGGAAGAUUACGAGGAUGUUUGGAGAGAGAUUCAAAUAAUGCACCAUUUGUCGGAACAUCCAAAUGUUGUUAGAAUCAAAGGGACAUAUGAAGAUUCAGUGUUUGUGCAUUUGGUUAUGGAAUUGUGUGCAGGUGGUGAAUUGUUUGAUAGGAUUGUUGCCAAAGGUCAAUAUAGUGAGAGACAAGCUGUUGAGUUGAUUAAAACAAUUGUUGGUGUUGUUCAGGCUUGUCAUUCUCUUGGUGUUAUGCAUAGGGAUCUUAAGCCUGAGAAUUUUCUCUUUGAUUCUCCUUCCGAGGAUGCUAAGCUUCAAGCUACUGAUUUUGGUCUUUCUGUCUUUUAUAAGCCUGGCCAAUAUUUUAGUGAUGUUGUUGGGAGCCCCUACUAUGUUGCACCUGAGGUGUUGUGCAAGCGCUAUGGACCUGAAAUAGAUGUUUGGAGUGCUGGUGUCAUUCUCUACAUUUUAUUAAGUGGUGUUCCGCCAUUUUGGGCUGAAACCGAGUCCGGAAUCUUCAGACAGAUUCUCCAUGGGAAGCUAGACUUUGAAUCUGAUCCAUGGCCAAAUAUUUCAGAUAGUGCAAAGGAUCUGAUCCGUAAAAUGCUUGAGAGAGACCCAAGGAGGCGAAUAACAGCUUAUGAAGCUCUAUGUCACCCAUGGAUUUUGGAUGACACUGUUGCGCCCGAUAAACCUUUGGACUCUGCUGUUUUAUCACGUCUGAAACAUUUUUCUGCAAUGAACAAAGUCAAGAAGAUGGCUUUACAUGUAAUAGCAGAAAGUCUUUCAGAAGAAGAAAUUGGUGGUUUGAAAGAGUUGUUCAAGAUGAUUGACACCGAUAACAGUGGAACCAUAACUUUUGAAGAAUUGAAAGUUGGGCUGAAAAAGGUGGGGUCGGAAAUGAUGGAGUCGGACAUCAAAGCUCUUAUGGACGCUGCUGAUAUUGACAACAGUGGAACCAUUGACUAUGGUGAAUUCCUUGCUGCCACCCUUCACGUGAAUAAAAUGGAGAGGGAGGAGAACUUAAUAGCAGCUUUUAAAUAUUUUGAUAAAGAUGGUAGUGGUUAUAUUACAAUUGAUGAGCUUCAACAGGCCUGCAAAGAAUUUGGUCUAGGUGAAGGUCAUCUCGAUGAAACAAUCAAGGAAAUUGACCUGGAUAAUGAUGGGCGUAUUGAUUUUGGGGAGUUUGCUGCAAUGAUGAAGAAAGGUGACUCUGGAGAUGGUGGAAGAACUAUGAGGGGGAAUUUGAAUUUCAACUUGGCUGAAGCAUUGGGAGUGAAAGACCCGGCUUCAGAUUCUAGCUGAAUGAAUAAUCUGCUGUAUAGCUAUGAAGGGUAAUCACUCACUGGCAAUAAUGCAGCUGCUGAUCUUUUGAACGAACCUUCACUUCCGAGUUGCGCGCUUUACAUAGAUUAUAAUGAUAAGAUGAAUCCAAUUUUGAGAUUUUGAUGAUGGGAAAGCUUCCAUUUACCUUAGAAGAUGAAUGUAGUAGAGUAGUGGACAAAGACAUAACUUCAUUACUUGUAAAAGAAUGAUGUUUAAGUUAAUACUAAGUUGGCCAAGAUAUCCUUGAUGCCUCGUUUUUGUGA